AGUUAAGUCAUUCCCUCAUUUUGCGUGCUGCUAUGUGCCGUCGCACUAGACAUCGAAGCUCUCAUUCUCCUAUAAAAGCCCUCUGUGGUUACCAGAACUCUAUUUCGGAUAACACGGAGUUUCUAGUAGGACAUACCGGCCAUGGAUGUCAGCAGGUUGUAUAUGAUCUCAAGAAUCAAGUCUCAAUAGCCUACGUGAACAAUGGUCUCAAGACCGGUCUCUACGAUUUGUGCAGGACGUACAUUCGCUUGCAAAAUGCUGUCUACGAUAUCGUCGAAUCACGUCUUAAUGACACCAAAACAUUAUAAUU